CCAAAAUUUAGGAGCAUAUUACCAUCCUACUCGAUUCCUUGGAGCCUACUUUAAUUGAAAAUUCGAAACUACAAUGUCGGCAUCUACGCUCUCCAUCAGCGCCAACCCGGCGGUGUCCGCUCGUCGCCGACCUGUCCUCCUCGCCGAAAAUAAAUCCAACAUCGAAUCCUUGGCCGCCGAACCCAACCCUAAUGGCGUUAAUGUCGGGGAUGAUAAGGUCACCGGAGCCGCUAACACUUCCGGUCACAGCAGAGAUCUUAGCCACCAUUCCAUCCGUGGCGAGGCGUUAAAGGACUAUAUGCAGGCGAGAAAAGUCACUAUUGGUCAAAACACGAACGUUGCGCUGCGGCGGACACGGAAGGGAGCGGUCAACAAGUCCGAGAAACCCCGGUGGCAUACUGUGGUUUGUAUUUUUAUCAAGAAUUUAGUACUUUUACUUGUUUUGGCUGGGUUAGUUCAGAUAGUUAGGAGAUUGGCUUUGAAAUCUGGGGAAGGUAGUAGCGUCGGAACGCAGGUCAGCUUAACUGAAUUUGAGGGUAGGGUUGCUGAGGUUGAGACUUUUUUGAAGACUACUGCUAAAAUGAUCCAGGUUCAGGUAGAUGUUGUUGAUCGGAAAAUUGAAUAUGAAAUUGGUGGGUUAAGGAGGGAAUUGAAUGAGAAAAUUGAUGAUCAAAGUGUGGAACUGGAGAAUUCAUUGAAAAAAUUGGAAGAAAAGAGUGAAGGAUUUGAUAAGUCCUUGAGCGAAUUGAAGAGUAUGAAUUUGUUGACGAGAGAAGAGUUUGAGAAGAUGUAUGGACAAAUGUUAAAAGAGGUUGGAAAUGGUAAGACUGAAACUGCUGUGAGUUUGAGUGAUAUAGGAGCCUAUGCAAGAGAGAUCGUCAAGAAUGAGAUUGAGAAGCAUGCUUCAGACGGGCUUGCAAGGGCCGAUUAUGCUUUGUCUUCUGGUGGAGGAAAGGUUGUUAAGCAUUCUGAUCCCUUUCUUGCUGGAAAGGGAAACAACUGGUUUUUGAAAGGUAGUCAAACUGUGGUUCAUCCUGAUGCAGACAAGAUGUUGAAGCCAGGUUUUGGGGAGCCAGGGCAGUGCUUUCCAUUAAAAGGAAGUAAUGGGUUUAUUCAGAUCAAGCUACGCACGGCUAUUAUUCCUAAGGCUGUAACUUUGGAACAUGUUGCCAAGAGUGUGGCAUAUGAUAGAUCCAGUGCACCCAAGGACUGUCGUGUCUCUGGCUGGAUGCAAGGUCGUGAUCUUAAUUUACCAGUUGACACCAAUAAGAUGUUUCUUUUGGUAGAGUUCAUGUACGACCUUGAGAAGAGUGCCGCUCAGACCUUUGAUGUAUUGGAUGCGGCUGGUGUUGGCAUUGUUGACACAGUUAGGCUAGAUUUCUCUUCCAACCAUGGAAGCACUUCACAUACCUGCAUUUACCGAUUGAGGGUGCAUGGUGAAGAGCCUGACUUCGUUUCAAUGGUAAAACUGCAGCCUUGAGUGUGUCUAUCACAGCAGUUCGGGGUUCGAUGAGUAUGUGCACUUCAAUGUCCGAGGGCUUGGCCAGUGAAUCUUUCCUUUAAGUGGUACAUGUUGGUACCUCCGAAUAUGUAGUAGGAUCGAAGGUGAAGCACUGUGUACCGCUUUGCUUUUGAGUAGACGAAUAGCGUUCAUGCAGUCUAAUUCUACUUAUAUCCUCGAUAGACCUGUUUCCCAUGCUCUCAGCAUUCCUCCUCAUACUAACGCUUCCCGUACCGAACAUAUUCCUAUGUAUUUGUAGAAUCCUAGGAUCCACAGUCUAAACUGGUCUCUUAAGAGGCCUCCACAUGCUGCAUUUCCAGUUGUUUUGUCUCGGCUUUCUUUUUGGGACCCAUCAACAUUUUGACAA